AUGGAGAAGUCCCUCACUCUGGGGGAUGCAUGCAAGAUGCUGGAGCUAUAUUUUGACGGGCGUUUCAGAUAUAUUGGCCCCCAGGGACCCAUUCUGGACCUCUACCAGCUCUUUCACCACUAUAUACCCUCGCGUGUCUACGCAACAGUUAACCGCAUCAAAGGAAACGAAAUAGGGGAAAGACAAGCCAUGAAAACAUGGAAAGUUGUUCGUGGUAUGAACACUGUCUUCAAGCCUUACACGAAUUAUACGCAUGAUUUCCGACCUGAAGGUCCAAGUGCUGAUUUCGACCCGGCAAAAUACAUGCAUGUUAUUUGCCAAGGCGUGCAUACGAAUCUCAUGCAGUCUAAGCUCUGA